UAGAAACAAAACAAGGCACAGCCUUAUCAUCGCAUGACAUUACACAUUGAUAGGCAGAGAAGCAGCCACACAGAUUUUCACAUAUAUUCCCUCUCAACCAAAUUUAGCUUCUUCUUUCCCACACCAUAAUAUUAUCCCCUUAACUCUCCACAUCCACAUGUACCCAAAUUUCAGUCCUCACUUGCCUUUCUUCACACAGACAACAUUGUAUCUAAAACCAUAGGAUUCCCAGAACGGUCUUGCAUCCACUCUCACCAAAAAAAUCACAACUUUCUGGGAGAGCUAAUUGACCACCUGAGAUUUGUAGAGGGUGGAGGAUAUGAUAUAAGGAAUUAGAAAGGAUUGAAUUCGGGUUGUUGUUGGGGACUAUUUUUUAUAGACCCCUAUGUUAAUAAUAGUAGGAAGUAUGCAAGGAACAAUGGUUUCUCUGGCUUAUAUGGCCAGUUUUGGAAGUUUGGCUUCCGAAAGGUCACACUACUCAUUGGUGAGGAGAGGUUGUUUGUCAAAAGGGAACUGGGUUAAGAAGAAGAGGUGGCAUUGUGUGUCAUUGUCUGUGUGUAAAUAUUCUGCCACAGCAGCUACUGACUUGGUUUCUGAACAAAGUAACACCUAUAGAGGAGUUAAAAGUGAUGAUAGUGAUGUUGGUUUUCUACGUAAGCCGACUCCUAAGCCAGUUUUGAUGUCGUCGGGGUCUACUUGGGAACCAUCAAGAAUCAAUGGGGAUUCUGAUGAUGGUGAUGGAAAGUUGAGGGUUGUUGAGGAGAGGAAUAAGGUGAUCGAAUCGCUUGGAGAGGUAUUGGAGAAGGCAGAGAAGUUAGAAACUUCGAGGGUGAGUAAGCCGGGGAGUAGGAGUGAGAGUAGGGUUGUAAAUAACACAAAUAGUACUUCGACGGCGGCAGCAACUCAGAAUUCUAAAACUUUGAAGAGUGUGUGGAGGAAAGGGGACAAUAUCGCUACUGUACAAAAGGAGGUAAAGGGUAAGAAUGGUAAUACUAAUAAAACAGCAUAGAAAAGGGAUCUUACUAACAAUUCUAAAGCAUGGUUUUGCAGAGAAAGCAAAGAAAAAUGAGUCAAAUAAGUACAAAGAUCUUAGCCACAUUACCCUCAAAUGGAUCUUGAUCAGCCAUAGUAGAAGUGAUUUGCAUGAAAUGAUUUGUGAGGAGAGAGAAAAGUGAAAUUGAAAGAACUUACAGUGAG